AUGAAGGCCGAAACACUCGCUGCGAUUUUGUCUGUGUCCGGGGUCGCCUUUGGCGGCCCGCUCAAGAAGCGUUCUGGAUUUCAAUGGUUCGGCGCAAACGAGUCUGGCGCAGAGUUUGGAGAAGGAAACAUUCCAGGAGUAGAGGGCACCGACUACACGUUUGCCAACACAAGCGCUAUCCAGACGCUCAUCGAUAGCGGGAUGAAUAUCUUCCGUGUUCCUUUCCUGAUGGAACGUAUGGUUCCGACGUCGUUGACGGGGACUCUUGACUCUGCUUAUUUUCAGGGAUACAAUGAGGUGAUUAAUUACAUUACCAGCAAGGGUGCAUGGGCGAUACUCGAUCCUCACAACUAUGGUCGAUACAACGGAGAGAUCAUAAGCUCUACAGACGACUUUGGCGCGUUUUGGAAAACCGUUGCGUCGCAGUUUACCAACAACACCAAGGUCAUCUUUGACACGAACAAUGAAUACCACGACAUGGACGAAUCCCUCGUCGUCUCGCUCAACCAGGCCGCCAUCGACGCCAUCCGUGGCACCGGCGCAACCUCCCAGUACAUCUUUGUCGAGGGCAACUCGUACACCGGCGCCUGGACCUGGACAACGGUAAACGACGACAUGAAAUCCCUGACAGACUCGGUCGACAACCUGCUCGUCUACGAGAUGCACCAAUACCUCGACUCCGACGGCUCCGGCACAUCGGUCGACUGCGUCAAUAGCACUAUUGGCGAAAGCCGUGUUGAGUCGGCUACCGCAUGGCUGAAAGACAACAACAAAUUGGGGUUCUUGGGCGAGUUUGCCGGUGGCGCCACUGAUACCUGUGAGACGGCUGUGAAGGGAUUGCUGGAUCAUUUGUCGAGUAACACGGAUGUCUGGCUGGGAGCCUCGUGGUGGGCGGCGGGUCCAUGGUGGGCGGAUUAUAUCUACUCGAUUGAGCCGCCGACGGGGGUUGCGUAUGAGAGUUAUAUUUCGAUUUUGGAGGCUUAUUAUCCUUGA